AUGUUCGACGAGCUUCUGCAACGCCUCGCGCCCAGACUUCAGAAGUCGGACACCCACUGGAGAAAAGCCCUAGAUCCCGGAUUGAAGCUGGCGGUAACACUACGGCACCUAGCAGCAGGGGAUUCCUACCCUUCCCUCUCUUAUGAUUUUAGGGUGGCUAGUUCAACAAUUUCCCUCUUUAUCCCAGAAGUCUGCGAGGCCAUAGUACAAUCAUAUAGCGAAGAUGUCAUCCCUAUCCCCAAUACACCUGAAGAAUGGAGGCCAAUAGCUGAAGAGUUUGAAAGGAGGUGGAAUGUCCCUCAUGCAUGUGGAGCUCUUGAUGGCAAACACAUUGCUCUGAGGAAGCCCCGCAGAUCCGGCUCUGAAUACUACAACUAUAAAGGAUUUUUCUCAAUUGUGCUCAUGGCUCUUGUUGAUGCCAACUACAGGUUUCUGUGGAUAGACGUCGGAGGUCAUGGGCACAUGUCAGAUGCCCAGAUAUAUAACAAUUCAGAGCUCAGUGAGAUGCUAGAAGAUGGAACCAUUGGCUUACCACCUCCAGAACCUCUUCCAAAUGAUGACCGUGAUAUGCCUUACUUCAUUCUUGGUGACGAUGCUUUUGGGUUAAGGACCUAUUUGAUGAAGCCCUUUGGAAGACGCGGCCUGGAAAGGGAGAAGCUCAUAACCAAUUACCGGCUAUCUAGAGGAAGAAGAGUGGUCGAAAAUGCAUUUGGCAUCCUGGCGGCCAGAUUCAGAGUGCUUCUCACAACUAUGCAGCAAACACCGGAAAUUGCUGCAACCAUAGUUGAAUCGUGUGUGUGCUUGCACAAUCUAAUGAGGAUUAGGUAUCCCGGCCUACAACAAGCUCAACUGGACCAAGAGGAUGACCAGCAUAACCUUGUUUCUGGAGCCUGGAGAACGAAUGAGAUGCUGACUGCAAUCCAGCAAGUAAGGGGCCAUAAUCGUGACGCAACCGACGCCAAACAGCAGAGGGAGUACUUAUCCAAGUACUUUAAUAGUGCAGCCGGGUCUGUGCCUUGGCAAGACAGAAUGGUAAACUAG